CUUCUAAGGACAACGGAUGAAGCCAACACGGACGCCGAAGAGCGUGGAAACCUGGACGAGAAGGUGUUAAUGAAGUUGAGUAAGCUCGCUGAGAAGAUGGGGAAGCAGACAUUGUCGAAGAAGCUGGAGCACAAAGCGUGGCUGAAGGCAGGGGCGAGCCCCCAGUCCAAAUUCAAAGAGUACAACUGGAAAGGGAAGACUUGGGAAGAGUUGCAGCAGGACCCGACGUACAUCCGCUACCUGGGAUUCGACGAGCUGUGGAAAAAAGCUCAAGAAAAGAAGGGCACGCUGUAUACUGUUGAUGCUUGGAUAAAGAUGGCGAAAGAGGAAGCGAAGAAG